GCUAAGGACUGAGAUUGUCCAGGUGUUGACCAGGUAUAAAUCAUUAUUUGCCUGGAGUGUUGCUGAUAUGCCCGGGAUUGACCGGUCAGUCAUUUGCCAUCGUCUCUCUGUUCUUGAGGGGUCUAGGCCUGUAAGACAGAAGAAGAGAUUUUUGGCAAGUGAUAGGAGGGACUUUGUGAAGAAAGAGGUCAAGGACCUACUUGAGGAGGAGGAACCGGCAAGGACGAUCACAGAGCCUUGGUGGUCCAUGUCAGUAGAUGGAGCCGCUGGACCGAAAGGUUACGGUGGAGGUGUGGUAUUCACAACUCCGGAGGGGUUCAAGGUAUAUCAUGCCUUGAUCUUUAACUUCAAACUCACAAAUAAUGAGGCGGAGUAUGAGGCAUUGAUAGGGGGCCUGAGAUUGGCCAAAACCCUACAAAUCACAUGCCUCAGGAUCAAGUCCGAUUCAAGCCUGGUGGUAGGCCACAUCAAUGGCAACAUGGAGGCCAAAGGAGAGAAGAUGCAGAAGUACAGAGACUUGGCAAGGGCAUUAUUGAAGGAUCUGACUGAGUAUGUGAUGGAGAAAAUCCCUAGGGGGGAAAACACGGAUGCUGACUUGCUAUCAAAAUUGACGCAAGCAGCCCCGGAGCAUGUGUUCAAGUUGGCCAGGAUUGAGACGCUGGAAAAGGCUAGCAUUGAAAGGCUUUCUGUGAGCCUGAUAGAGGAGGAUGGACAGCCCAAUCUAACCCUGGUGGAACCUGAUGAUAUUUGGCUGGAUGACUUGGUCAAGUAUUACAUGACCGGGCAAUUCCCUGAGGAUGAGGAUAGGCUUCUGGCUCUGCUCAUGGAUAGGGCUACACCGGGCACUUGUGGCCCCAUCCAUUCCAGGAGAGUUAGAGAGAGGAGACCGGUUGGAGUGGAGGACUUGGACAUCAUCGUCGUCAUCCUCAAUGAUGGUGGUCAUCCUGUUGAAGUUCAUGUCUGCCAAAAAGAACAAAGUGACCGGUUAGAUUUUACACCUUAUCAAAAUGAAAGUGGAAUCAAAAGGUCGAGGGAAAUUAACCAACCUGGAUGAGGAGAGCCGGCCUCAGCGUGACCAUCCGGGGAAUCAGCCCGGUUAUCCUCAGCGUCAUGGGUCGCAGACGCACCCCCAUCCAGGUUAGCUAGCCGGAAUACCCAGCCACCAUAGGCAUAAGGUUUCCCGGUCACAGGAUCACCCUUGAGAAGUUUCUCGCAGGCGUCCUCAAGAUCUUUAGUGGGCUCCGGUUGAACCCUUUCAGGUUUUAUAACCCGGUCAGCCCACUCAGGGUUUGAGAGAGGAAAUUGGUCAGGGGGGAAUUCAACAAAAACAAAUCUUUUCUUCCAUC